GGAAAGCUAAGAGGGGGAUAUCGCUGAGGUGGGGCCCAACUCGUUUUUGUCAAACAGUCGCUGGCCGUCAGGGGGGAAAUAUGGAGAGAGUACAACGUAAUGGGAUGAUCGGCUGGAGACACGAGCAGAUAUUCUUGAUGUUCCUCGGAAUAUCAAUAGCUUACGCUCUCCGAGUGAACUUUUCCGUCGGUAUUGUCGCAAUGACAAGCAACACAACCAACACAGACUAUCCGACGAUCGACUGGAACACGAAGGAGAAAGGCCAACUCCUCGGGUCAUUUUUCUUCGGUUACUUCUGUACUCAGAUCCCGGCGGGCGUGAUCGCGGACAGGUACGGGCCGUCCAAGUUCCUCGCGGUCGCGAUGCUCUUCUGCGGCGUUGCCACCCUGCUCUUUCCCUUGGUCACCCUCCGAGGAGGAUACUACGCUGCGUACGCAAGCAGGGUUUUGCAGGGCCUAGGCCAAGGGUUCUUGUAUCCUUGCGUCAACACGCACAUGUCAAAAUGGGCUGUGCCAACUGAAAGGGGAAAGCUGUUCGCUUUUGCUUUCGGAGGAUCUCAGUUUGGUACAAUUGUGAUGCUCGGAAUCGGCGGAUAUUUAGCUGUUGGGUCUGGCGGUUGGCCUUCAAUCUACUAUUAUUCUGGAGCUGCUGCAGUGAUCUGGGGCAUCCUCUGCCUACUGUUUGUUGCCGACUCUCCUAGACAACACAAUUGGAUUUCUGAAGAAGAAAGAGACUACAUUGAGAAAACAUUCGGUUCAGAUUCACCCAAAACAAAGGAAAGGACGUCUCCUCCUUGGGGCGAUAUUAUCACAUCUCGACCACUAUGGGCCCUCUUGGUGGUACACAUGGCUCAAAAUUGGGGUUUCUGGACUCUUCUUACCAUGAUCCCAAGCUACAUAAAAGGAGUGCUGAAUUUCAACAUCCAAGAGAACGGCAUGCUUUCAUCCCUGCCCUACAUCGCCAUGUGGCUCUGCACACUCAUUUUUUCAGCUCUGGCUGACAUGGUGAACAGGCGCAAAUGGCUGAGCCUGAACUUCUCAAGGAAAAUGUGGAACAGCAUCGCUCAUUACGGUGGAGCUUGCGCUUUGAUGCUUCUAUUUUUCAAGCAGACCAAUUCCACUGAGGCCAUCAUCCUGCUGACCAUUGCAGUCGCUCUUAAUGCAGGUACAUACCUAGGAUACCUGUGCAACCACCUCGACCUAUCGCCAAAUUUUGCCGGCGUUCUUAUGGGCAUCACAAACGGCCUGGCCAACAUCGCCUCAAUACUUGGCCCUACAGUGGCCGGUUACAUUGUCACAGACGAAACGAAUAACAAAGAGUGGCAGACAGUGUUUGUAACAUCUGCUAUCAUCUUCUUCUGCGGCAACUCCAUUUUCGUCCUGUUCGGAUCGACUGAGACCCAGCCUUGGAACCAGCCCAAAAAGUUUGAUGGAAAAGAAAUUUAACCUGGUGGCGCAUGGGGUAACAUUUUUUCGCUUUACUGUUAACACAAGCAUCUUUAUCAAUGGACCCAAUCAACACUACAUCACCAGAAAAGUAGCAAAAUUGAAAAAUAAACUCCAAUUUGGAUGCCUAUUUGUAUUAUUAUAAUUAUAACAUUUUGCAAAUAGUUUUGAAAUCAAUGGAAAAUUAGAUUCUGUGAAAUAACUUUAUUUGUGAUUUCUUGUAAUAUAAUUUUUUAAAUAAAUUAUAAUUGAGUCUUUCAUUUCUUA